AUGUCUCUUUCAUGGCUCACUUGUUCACUUCUGCUGGGAACUUUAUGCGCAGGCUACAGUCUGGGAGAAGUGGAGACGCGCGAGUGUGUAUACUACAACGAUAACUGGAGGACUGAGCGCACCAACCAGAGCGGCUACGAGAGGUGCGAGGGGGAGAAGGACAAGCGGCUGCACUGCUACGCGUCAUGGCUCAACUCCUCAGGGACCAUCAAACUGGUGAAGAAGGGCUGUUGGCUGGACGACUUCAACUGCUAUGACAGGCAGGAGUGCGUCUCCAUGGAGGAAAACCCACAGGUUUUCUUUUGCUGUUGCGAGGGGAACUACUGCAACGAGCGCUUCACCCACCUCCCAGACAUCAUCGGCAUCGACAACCGAGUGAAGAUACGGCUUCCUCAGCGUGUCCCCUCGCUGCUCAAUGUGCUGGUGUACUCUCUGCUGCCUCUCUGCGUUGUGUCCUUGGCCCUGGUGUUGGCUCUGUGGAUGUACCGCCACCGCAAGCCUCCAUACGGCCACGUGGAUCUCAGCGAGGAUCCCGGACCAACUCCUCCUUCGCCUCUUGUUGGCUUGAAACCUCUGCAGUUGCUGGAGAUCAAAGCUAGGGGGCGCUUUGGUUGUGUGUGGAAGGCUCAGCUAAUGAGUGAAUAUGUAGCUGUCAAGAUUUUCCCUGUCCAGGAUAAGCAGUCAUGGCAGAAUGAAAGGGACAUUUUCUUGACUCCGGGGAUGAAGCAUGAGAACAUCCUGCGUUACAUCGCCUCAGAGAAACAUGGUUCUAACCUGGAGUCAGAACUUUGGCUCAUCUCAGAGUUUCACGAGAGGGGUUCUCUCACGGACUACCUGAAGGGGAACCCUGUGUCGUGGGCCGACUUGUGCCAUAUUGCCGAGACCAUGUCCCGUGGUCUGGCCUAUCUUCACGAGGAUAUCCCCAGCUACAAGGGAGAAGGCCCCAAACCCACCAUCGCACACAGAGACUUCAAGAGUAAGAAUGUGAUGUUGCGGGACGACCUGACCGCCGUGAUCGGGGACUUUGGGCUGGCCGUGCGCUUCGAGCCGGGGAAGCCUCCAGGAGACACACAUGGACAGGUGGGCACGCGGCGGUACAUGGCUCCGGAGGUCCUAGAGGGAGCCAUAAACUUCCAGCGCGACUCGUUCCUGAGGAUCGACAUGUACGCCAUGGGCCUGGUGCUAUGGGAGCUGGUGUCUCGCUGCACUGACUCAGAGGGUAUAGCGUCCGAAUACGUGCUGCCGUUUGAGGAGGAAAUUGGUCAACACCCGUCUCUGGAGGAUCUGCAGGAUGUUGUGGUGCACAAAAAGAUGCGGCCAGCCAUCAAGGACGUAUGGCUCAAACAUCCGGGCCUGAGCCAAAUGUGCGAAACCAUCGAGGAGUGCUGGGACCACGACGCCGAGGCCCGACUGUCGGCCGGCUGCGUGGAGGAGCGCAUCGGCCAGAUCUCCAGGAUCAGCGCGCCCUCCUCCGACAACCCUGGGUCCAUCGUAACAGCACUCACCAACGAAGACCUACCUCCCAAAGAGUCCAGCACCUGA